AUGAGUUUUGCUGUAUAAUUAUUUUUUUUAAUUUGUACAGCCAUGUUUUCGUUUGCUGAAUUAAGAGAUUUAAUCACAAGAGACAAAGUAUCAUUUUCUAUUUAUCUCUUAGCCCAAGACAUUCAACAAGCACAACCCAUACUACUCAUAUGAUUCUGUAAGUCCUUCUAGAAGGGAUAUUCUAAUCUAAUGGAUUAUUGCAGUAAUUAUUCAAUAUUAUAAUUAGCAAUCAUCUCAAUUCCAACAAUAAAUAAAAACCUUAGAACUGGCUGUGCUUAUUAUCGAUACAUACUUAAAUUAUUUUAAUAUCUCUCAGGAAUACCUUUAACUGUUGGGGAUUUCGGCAUAUUCGAUUGCCUCGAAGGUAUUCAUAAUUUUUAUCAUCCUAGUUUUAUGAGACAGAAAUCUCAUAUCAAAUCAAAUUAUAUGAUUAAGAAGGCUAACCAUUAUACAAAGAUGAAGAAUACAAUGAAAUGGAGGAGCAAAUUGUGAAAGCCAUGGGAUACUAAUUGAAUCUUACCACAUCAUCGGAUUAUUUAUCGGCAAUGAAUGUUGAAAUAGAUGAAAAAGUGUAGAAUUUGUUAAUGUUCAUUCUCAUAGGUAAAUAAUAUAAUAAUAUGUAAAUAGACUAUGAAAUAUAUCAAUAUUCUCAUUUCGAAUUGGCUUUGGCAAUCUUACAUUACCUAAAUGAUGCAAGACUUGUUUUUUCAAAGAAAAUUCUCAUCGUAUCUUAAUUAAUUCAUAAAAAAUUAAUUAAAGCUCAAGAAAUCUCAUGUGAUAAAUAUGAGGAGGACACUAAAUCCGUUGGAAGGAGUCCCUCUGUUUAAAAAAGGAUUUCCAAAAAAAGAGACUUUAAAAGGUAAAGAUUAAUAAAACAACAAAUUUGA